AUGGACGAAGGAAAGUCAUGUGAGCAAGCAGGGUUUCGAAAAGGAUUUAGUACAAUGGACCACAUCCAUACGAUAACAAGGCUCACUGAAGCAUCGCGAGAGUACAAAAGACCACUUUGUCUCGCUUUCAUCGAUUUAAAGAAGACCUUUGACUCAAUUGAGGUAGAAGCAGUCAUGGAAAGCCUUGAUAGUCAAAGAGUACCUGCUCAGUACAUAAUGAUUCUUCUUGACUUGUACAAAAAUUUCACAACAAAGAUAACGGUAUUCUACAACAGUAAUAUCAUUGAUGUCAAAAGAGGGGUUAGGCAAGGCGAUACCAUUUCGCCAAAAUUGUUCACCGUCACCGUCGAGAAUGUAGAGCGAAUGUUGGAAUGGGAUAAUAUAGGAGUCAAAAUCGAUGGUUGGCAAUUACACCAUGUGCGCUUUUAUGAUAACAUCGUCAUUAUAACACCAAACAUUAGUGAAGCGGAACGAAUGUUGGCCGAUUUUGAUAAAACGUGUGGAAACAUUGGUCUUCGAUUAAAUCUCAUAAAAACGAUGUUCAUGAGGAACGGAUUGGUUUCGCAUGCUCCAUUCGCGCUCAACGGAACGAUCAUCUCCGAAUGCUCCAGUUAUGUCUAUCUAGGUAAGGAAAUCAUCAUGUUGAACGACUUGGCUCCAGAGCUGAGCAGAAGGAAACGAGCAGCUUGUGGAGCUUUAAAGAGCAUCGAAGAUGUAGUGAAGAGAACAAGGAACAUCUGA